CACACACCUCCUCUGCUGAGAAAACGGGGCAGAGGCGGGCGUUAGCCAGAGAAGGGACCAGCCAAGCUCCUCCCUAGCCCUUCCUUUGCGCCUCGGUCUGGGUCCAUGGCUCCCGACUCCCGCCUCUCCGCCUCUCCGGCUAAGAGCGGAUGGAGAGCCUGGGAUGCGAGCGAGCGCAGGGUCCAGGGCUGCGCGAUGCCGGUGCCGAGCACAUUGCUCCUGCUGUUCACCUACCUGACUUACCUGGUCCUGGGCACCUGCGUGUUCUGGGUGCUGGAGAGCCCCGCGGCGCACGAUUCCAGCAAGAGAUUCCAGAGCGACAAGUGGGCACUGCUGCGGAACUUCACGUGUCUGGAUGGCCAGGCGCUGGACUCGCUGAUCCGGGGCAUCAUCGAGGCAUACAAAAAUGGGGACAUCGUCCUUGGCAACACUACCAGCAUGGGACGCUGGGAGUUCGUGGGCUCCUUCUUCUUCUCCGUGUCCACCAUCACCACCAUCGGACCUCAAGCACAGUCAGGCCGAGCAGCCUGGACACCGCCUGGGAGCAGAACCUUGGUCUUACGGAAGAUCUGCUGAAUCGACUCCUGCCCUCCACCCAGGUUCCUGGAAGGGAGGGAAGAAGCGAAGCGAGGACAAACGGGAUUCUCACGUUUUAUGGUGCAAACACCGUCCCUCCUAGAGCUUUGGUCUUCCAGUCUGCAGGCUACGGGAACCUGAGCCCCCGCACGAUGGCCGCCCGGCUCUUCUGCAUCUUCUUUGCUCUCGUGGGGAUCCCGCUCAACCUCGUGGUGCUCAACCGCCUGGGGCACUGCAUGCAGCAGGCGGUACACCGCUGUGCCCGCAGGCUGGGGGGCGCCUGGAAGGACCCGGCCAAGGCCCGGUGGCUGGCGGGCUCCAGCGCCCUCCUGUCGGGCCUCCUGCUUUUCCUGCUGUUGCCCCCGCUGCUCUUCAACCACAUGGAAGGCUGGACCUAUGUGGAGGGCUUCUACUUCUCCUUCGUCACUCUCAGCACCGUGGGCUUCGGCGACUACGUGAUUGGAAUGAACCCCUCCCGGAAUUACCCACUGUGGUACCAGAACACAGUGUCUCUGUGGAUCCUCUUUGGGAUGGCGUGGCUGGCAUUGAUCAUCAAACUGAUCCUCUCCUUACUGGAGGCUCCACGAGAAUCAUACUCCUGCUAUCCUCAGAGUUCCAAGGGGAACUUCAAGCCCCGAAGCUGGAGUCAGGGCCUGGAUGAGGAGGCAGGACCCCACUCCCCACAGCCAAGCUGCUCUCCAGAGGGGCAGCACCCAGAACCUUCUACUCAAGUCUCAUGCUGCGGAAAGGACAGCUAACUAUAUUCCAGCAUUUGUUCCACUUUCUUCUUCAGCAAGAAGAUUAUUGAUUUUAAGCUCAGCAUAAGACCGCCCAGACAAAAGUUUACAGAUUUUGGUCUUCCGUUGAAGCUAGGUGCAGCUAUAUGAUUAAAUUUUAUCCAGUGGGAUAUACAGAGAAGUAAUCUGUGUGACUUACAGUGUGUGGAGGGUACUUCUCUUUACCACUCCCUUCUAGCUGGCUGCAACGGUGGCGGGAGCUCUGGCAGCCAUAUUGCACCAUGAGUUGGAGGCCAUGUUUGAGACUGGUGACACAAUGAAAUAGAAGGAGCCUGGAUUCUUGACGUUUGCAGAGGCACCAUAACAAACCUGGACUGGAUUCCACCAGACUUCAUUUAUAUA